AUGGUGGGGAUGAUAGGAAAGAGCCUCUCCUCGGCCAUGAACGCCAGAACCGUCGGCUCCGGUGACCAAACCUUAGUCCUGGGUCAUGGCUAUGGAGGAGACCAGUGUAUGUGGGACAAAAUUGUCCCUUUCCUUUCCCUCCGGUACCGGGUUCUGGUCUUUGAUUGGAGCUUCUCGGUGCCGUGA